AGACUGCAGCUUUCUGCGCACGUUUGCUGCGCAGGUUUAUCACAACAGAGCAUGAGUGCAUGCUAGUGCACAUUUUCCUUUUUAUUAUUAUUAUUGCUUAAAAUUGAGAAUACGUUGUUCUAAAUAUGCCGCCAAAAGGUAAAGGCGGCAAAGGCGGUAAAGGGGCUGCCUCGGGAAGUGCAGACACUGACAAGAAAGAAAAGGGCCCUAAAGGAGGAACUUCUGUGAAGGUCCGGCAUAUCCUCUGCGAAAAACAUGGAAAGUGCAUGGAGGCAAUGGAGAAACUGAAGGCUGGAGUCCGUUUCAGUGAAGUAGCGUCACAGUACAGUGAAGACAAAGCUAGACAAGGAGGCGACCUGGGGUGGAUGACGCGAGGGUCGAUGGUUGGACCGUUCCAGGAGGCAGCGUUUGCCCUGCCCAUCAGCUCCAUGGAUAAACCCGUCUACACAGACCCACCUGUUAAGACAAAGUUUGGGUACCACAUCAUUAUGGUGGAGGGGAAGAAGUAGCGUGGGCCAGCUCAGCUCUCAAACUUAGGAUAAAUUCUCCAGUGUGCUGUAUGGAUUUCCUGAUUAUAAAUGACUUAUGAACAAUGAUGAUCCUGGUGUGGAGUACUUUUCUGUUAAAUGCACACUGCUUAACCAUACUGACCGUUCAGCCUGGGUGAAUAAUUUUACUUGGUAAAAGUAUACAAAAUGGCCAAAUAAAUGCAUUUUUCUUAAUGUUUUACAAGUUGUUUGAGGUUGGUGUAUGUGUGUAUGACGUUCAAUAACUUUUUGUUUUCCUUAAAUUCGGCACAUGAAAAUAAAAGAUUUCUGAUGGCAGAAAUAAAUCUGUA